AUGCUCGCCUCUCGUGCUCGAAUUGCGCCGCGCUUUUCGUCUACGGUCAGUCGCCGCUUCAUGGCCGACCAGCCAUCCUCUUCGCCAUCCACCGCUCGACCUGUUCCUGCAACUCCUGUUUCUACUGCUCCUGUCGCUACACCCACGACUCAAUCUAGACCUACUGCCUCGCCAGACGUCGUUCCUACUCCUCAACAGCGAGGUCCUCGCAAAAUGCAAGAUGGCUACAGUGGCGCCUUCUAUCUGUCUCUGUUGGGAGGCUUGGUCGUCACUGCUCCAAUCAUCACCUACUUUUACUGGGAGCACCGCAAGAUUCACAUGAGGGAGAAGAAGGAACAAAUCCUCAAGGAGAUUCACGCCAGAGUCCGCACUCCUUAG